AUGGCUUCGGAUUAUGGAUGGCCACCUGGUCAUGAGAGACAAAAGGCACAACUGACAAAGAACUCAACAGUGAUUGGCUGUGAAAUUAUAGAAGCAGUGGAAGAUGAUGUCAGAGUAGAAUUGGAGCAUGUGAAUGUGGAAGACAAUAUGAGUGUAUGUGUGGAUGAAACGAGAGGAGGAGAUGGUGUGAUUGUGCCUGAGGUUGGUAUGAAGUUCAAGGACGAAAAUGAAGUUUACGAUUUCUAUGGGAGAUAUGCAUUUGAGGAUGGUUUCCGAGUCAGGAAAAGGAAUUCGAAGAAAGAUGACAAUGGAGUUUUGCAAUAUGUGACGUUGACAUGUAGUUGUGAAGGACGACGAAACAGUUCUACGAGCGGCUCUUUGAAGCCACAACCAACAAUGCAGACAGAUUGUAAAGCCAGGAUCUCUGCAACUUUUGAUUAUCAUGGUUUAUGGGGAUUCCGUUGCACAAAAAGUUUCAACUCUGCAGUUGUUGAAGCGGGAGGUUAUGAGAAUCUUACUUGUGUGGAAAAGGACUAUAGGAACUAUAUUGAAAAAGUGAGGCGGUUAAAACAUGGGGAGGGAGAUGCCGUAGCAAUACAAUCUUACUUUUCAGAAAUGCAAGCAGGGUGCUCAGGAUUUUACUUCAGUAUUGAUCUGGACGAAGAUUCAAGGGAAGUGCAAGCAGAGUUCAUAGGAAAGGUAUAUUAUGACAUCAUAUCUACCGCGGAUGUUUGUCCGAGGAUGACCUACGAGGGAAUUAUUUGCAGGCAUGCAAUCGUGGUACUUAUCUGUAAUGACGUUCGUGUACUCCCAGACAGGUAUGUACUUCGAAGAUGGAGGAGGGAUGUUAGUAGAGCACAUACCAGGGUUGCUGUUAACUAUAGUGGGUUGGUCAGCACUCCUGGACAGUUGCGUUACGAUAGAAUGUGUCAGGCUUUCGCUACCAUUGCAAAUCUAGCUGCAGAAGAUGAAGGUCAGACCUAUGCGAUAAUGGAAUGGAUAGGAGUUCAAGAGAAGGAACUUAUGAGUUCGAGAUCAGUCAGCGGAAGCAAUGUUCUACUCCAACUAUUGGACCCUAACACAGUGAACAAGAAUGGUGCACCUAAAAGAUUUCGGAGAAAGGGCUCAUUAGAGUUGACGUCAAAGAAGCCAACGGCUCCAUCGAAAGGCAAAAGACCAACUGCAAGGCGUACUUGUCCACUAGAUGGUGCAUUGUCCAUUCAGGCUCAUCAACAAUAA